AUGUCUAUAGUAAGGCCACAUGUUGAUGAUUUGACCCUUGACUUUAAGCGUGGAAAGAUGGAAGUUUGGCCAUCUUUAAGCUUCCUGGAUGAGGAUAAAGUGGGAACCUUUCAGCCUCAUGAUGAUGCAUUGGUGGUUACCCUUCGAAUAGGGGGAUAUGAUGUGAGGAGAGUCUUGGUGGAUCAGGGCAGUAGGGUUGAAAUCAUGUAUCCUGAUUUGUAUAAGGGGCUUAAGUUGAAGCCCAAGGAUUUGGCCAACUAUGACUCCCCUCAGUUGGAGUUUGAUAGGAAAACAGUUGUACUAAAGGGUCAAAUUAGGCUACCUGUUCAAGCAGGAUUUGAGGUGGUGGAAGUAGAUUUUAUUGUGGUGGAUGCAUAUUCCCCCUACACUGCUAUCGUGGCGAGGUUGUGGCUUCAUGCCGUAGGGGCUGUUUAUUUAACUUUGCAUUUGAAGGUGAAGUAUCCUUUCGGGUAUCAAGUUAAGGAGCUGGUAGGAAUUCAAAGCAUGGCUAGGUAG